CCCCCAGAACCCAAAUCUACUCCAUGUGCUUUUUUUUUGUAACGGCCUUUCACAUAGACCAAAAGCGGCGAGGCGAAGUGGAACCGGACGGUCCAUCGAAUGAGCAGCGCGGAGGCUGGUUCGGUUCAAGUUUUUUCUCCUUCGCCCCGGUACAGGAAAGCAGGAAAAUUGCUUGGUGUAGCUGUAUCGGUGAGAAGGCUCGGGAGGAGGUCAAACUGCGGGAAAUGAUGACUGAAAAAGAAACGGCGACAGAGAAGAUAAUAACAGAUGCGAUGGCUAACCCUUCUCCAGCAAAGAGCAUGGGAGACCCUGGAAUCACCCCGCUGUCUCCUUCACAUACUCAGCAAAACGACACAGACCAGGUCCCGUCAGGGCCGUCCUUCGUGGUGGUGGUUGCCAUUGACUUUGGCACCACGUCCAGCGGUUAUGCUUACGCCUUCACUAAGGAGCCAGAGUGCAUUCACACUAUGAGGCGUUGGGAAGGCGGGGACCCUGGUGUGUCCAAUCAGAAGACUCCAACCACGAUCCUGCUGACUCCAGACAGGAAGUUCCACAGUUUUGGCUACGCGGCACGGGACUUCUACCAUGACCUGGACCCCAGCGAGUCCAAACACUGGCUCUAUCUGGAAAAAUUCAAAAUGAAGCUCCACACCACUGCAAAUCUGUCCAUCGACACGGACCUCCACGCAGCCAAUGGGAAGCGAGUGAAAGCUCUGGAUAUCUUUGCAUAUGCAUUGGCCUUCUUUAAGGAGCAAGCACUGAAGGAGCUGAGUGAUCAGACAGGCGGAGAAUUUGACAACAAUGAUGUGAGAUGGGUGAUCACUGUUCCUGCCAUCUGGAAAAUGCCUGCAAAACAGUUCAUGAGGGAAGCUGCCUAUAAGUCUGGUCUGGUGUCCCGUGAAAACCCAGAGCAGCUGAUCAUCGCCUUAGAACCAGAGGCAGCAUCAAUCUAUUGCCGCAAGCUCCGCCUCCACCAGAUGGUGGACCUGGGCACCCAUAGCACCCAGAACGGCUGCAGCCCCACUGACAACGUGGGGGGCGGAAUGACCCAAGCAAAGGAGCAUGUCCGGCGCAACCGGCAGAGCCGCACCUUUUUGGUGGAAAAUGUCAUAGGGGAGCUUUGGUCGGAGCUGGAAGAAGGUGACCGAUAUGUGGUGGUGGACUGUGGCGGGGGAACAGUGGACCUGACUGUCCACCAGAUCCGUCUUCCAGAGGGACAUCUAAAAGAGCUCUACAAGGCCUCAGGUGGUCCCUAUGGCUCUAUCGGGAUUGACUAUGAAUUUGAGAAGCUGCUGUGUAGGAUCUUUGGCCAGGAUUUCAUCGACCAAUUUAAGAUCAAGAGGCCGGCCGCCUGGGUGGACCUGAUGAUUGCGUUUGAGUCUCGAAAGAGGGCAGCAGCCCCUGACAGAAGCAACCCCCUCAACAUUAACCUGCCCUUCUCCUUCAUCGACUACUACAAGAAGUUCAGGGGCCACAGCGUGGAACACGCCCUGCGCAAAAGCAAUGUGGACUUUGUGAAAUGGUCGUCUCAAGGGAUGCUGAGGAUGAGUCCAGAUGCUAUGAAUUCUCUCUUCAAGUCCACCAUAGACCACAUCAUCCAACAUCUCACGGAGCUGUUUGAGAAGCCAGAGGUGAGCGACAUUAAGUUCCUGUUCCUGGUGGGAGGUUUCGCUGAGUCCCCCCUGCUGCAGCAUGCUGUCCAGGACAUGCUCCAGGGCCGCAGCCGCAUCAUCAUCCCCCAUGACGUUGGCCUCACUAUCCUAAAGGGCGCUGUGCUGUUCGGCCUGGACCCCAGCAUCAUUAAAGUCCGCCGCGCUCCCCUCACAUACGGGGUGGGCGUCCUCAACCGCUUCGUGGAUGGCAAGCACCCGCCGGAGAAGCUGCUGGUGAAGGACGGCACGCGCUGGUGCACCGACGUCUUUGACACCUUCAUCGCCGCCGACCAGUCGGUGGCGCUGGGUGAGAUGGUGAAGCGGAGCUACACGCCGGCCAAGCCCUCUCAGCAGGUCAUCGUCAUCCACGUCUACUGCUCCGAGAAGGAGAAGGCGGGCUUCAUCAGCGAGCCGGGCGUCAGGAAGUGUGGGACACUUCGCUUGGAUGUAAGCGGAACGGAAAGCGCAGCGCCACGCCGCGAGAUCCAGACGCUCAUGCAGUUUGGUGACACAGAGAUCCGGGCCAUGGCAGUGGAUGUGUCCACCGGACGCACCGUUAAAGCUAGCAUUGACUUCCUAAGCCACUGAGAAGAGAGCGAUGUUCCAAAAUUGUUGGAAAAAUGUUAACAUACACACACACACACACACACACACAAGCACGUGCGCGCAUACACACACACACACACACACACACACACACACACACACACACACACACACACAGCAAGCUGGGGAGGUUUACUGUAAAAUGGUUAAUGAUAAUGAAUCUCAAGGCUCCGUCACUGUGUUUAAGUGUGGGUGGUAGACGGUUGGAGUCAAAGUGUUAAACUUCCCCUUAAACCCGGGCUGACUGUUCAACUGUAGAAUUCAUGUUAGGAAAAAGGAAAAAGACAGUCUGGUUGAGUUCAGUGUGUUUAAGGUCCGUCACCUCACCCCGACCCUGUAGUCUGUUUGCUGCGGAGCUCCAUAGUGUUGACACACUCAUAACAAACCAUAGCAUACACACCCCAUGCUCAGGCUGAGGCUCAGGCUGAGGCUGAGGCUGAUGCUGAGGCUGAUGCUGAUGCUGAU